CUCCUUUGCUUUAUAACCAAACCCUCUUAACGAAUUCUGUUUGAUGCCCGCCUUUCCUUUACUCCCCUCUCUAUUUCGGUAAAUAGUUUCCAGUCCGUCACCAUGUCCAAUGUCGAUUUAUCCAGUGACGGCUUCAUUGGCCUAGACUACGACUCGAGGAACUAUCUCCAGGCGCAGACAUGGCCCGUGGCAGUGGAUCACCAGCCCUCCCAACGACCAGAUGGAUCGCGAGAUAUCUCGUCCUUGCAAACCAGCGGUCACGCCUUCGAUCAGACGGUAGUUCAUGACCCUAACUUGAUCGUCGACUGGCAAUUCCACGGGCAGCACUUGCAACCCCACCUUCAGUACACUCAAGAGGAAGCGUCGUCCGCCCCUCAGUACGCUACCGCCAGCUAUGGCAUGCCUCUCCACUCUUCGCCCGUGGAUCUGAUGCCCCCAACCCAUGACCAUAUGAGCACGAGCCUGCUCGAUGGUCCCUACCUGUCUCUGUCUGCCCCAGUGGAGAUGGUGCCCUUUCCUUAUCAGGACUUCCAGACGGACCUCAUGGGGUUCACGGGGCCCCACGGCCUCCCGGAUAUGACCUCUUAUGCUGCGCCGCACAACCUGAUCGAGAGCAGUUCACCGACCGACACUUAUCUGGAGGUCCGGUCUCUCACCAGUUCAAGCAGCGACAACGGUUGGAAUACCAUUGAGACCCGCCGCCCUCAUGAGUUCACCUAUCCCGAUCAGUUCUUCAUCAAUCCCACGCAGACUCUGCACGACAGGAGUCUGUCGGAGUCGUCCUACUCGACGUCGUACGGCAGUUUUGUGGAGAUCACCAAUCCGAUCAACUCGCCUGGUUCCGAUACCAACUUCGACGCGGCGUUCAACAACAGCCUGACCCGGCGUGUAUCCUACGACCACGCUUCGCACGGCUCAGUCUCUCCAACGGCCGUGAGCCCUGUGGCUAUUGUACGACCCGUUCCAGUGCCGGCCAAGAAGCCGACUUCGCCUCGGUCUGCCGCCUCGCAGUCAUCUUCUGCUUCGCCGCCGAGCAGAAAGCCUUCGCGCAAGAGUCCAAUCGCUGCGAAGACAGCUGAGACCAAGGUUCGGAAGCAGACGCAGAACGGGAAGCCGGAGACCACCGAGAAGCGGAUUGGCAAGCGCAAAGGUCCGCUCAAGCCUGACCAGCGAAAGCAGGCCAGCGAGAUACGGAAACUGAGAGCUUGCCUGCGGUGCAAGUUCCUUAAGAAGACGUGCGACAAAGGUGAACCGUGUGCCGGUUGUCAACCGUCGCAUGCUCGCUUGUGGCAGGUUCCUUGCACCCGCAUUGAUAUCAAGGAGAUUGGCUACUUCAUGAAGGACUGGAAAGCGGACUACGAACGCCACGUUUCUCUUGGAUUCUCGGUUGGAAACAUCAAGGGUUUCUCGGAACACGAGACGACACUCUACAUCACGCACGGAUACGGCCAAAUCCUUCCGAUCAACGCUCGUGAGGUGUACGUGCGGGACGAGCAAUGCUUCAGCGUGGACUGGGUUGAGACCAUGCACCGGGAGCCCACUGAGUUCGAGGUGGAAACUGCCAAGCUGUCUGCGGGAAUGGAGGGUAUCUCCCAUGCUAUGCUUUCCGAGUAUCUGGAUCGCCACAUCGACGGCAACGGCACUUUUGAGAAGUUUGUUGAUGACUAUUUUGAGGGCACGCCUUUCUUGACCCAGAUGCUGAAGACUGCUUUCCGCUACUAUUAUCGCACGAAGCUGCCCGUCAUCCGCAAGGCCUUGAAGCUCAUUAUCGCCUACAACCUGACGCUCCAUGUAACCUUAGUGGAAGGUUUGGGUGAGGAGCAAGGCAUGCCUGGAAAGAUCGACUCAUCAGCGUCGAGGUUCAAGGGCAAGACGAUGGCCCCGGUCAUGAUCAACUUUCAGAUCAAGUGCGCCAUGGCGAACAUGUGGCGCGAGCUGCAAAAGGAUGUUUUGGAGGAGCUGUCUAGCCUCUACUCCAGUGUCUACAGCGGCGACAAGUUGAAGAACUGGCCCACCAUUUUCAUUCUGGCCUCGAUCCUUCUCGCGGUCUGGGAGGAGAUGCAGUUUGACUGCCACUACCGUACUCCGGAACCCGCUGCUGUGGAGAAGUUCUGCAACGAUAUGGAGACCACCCCCGUCGGCGUCAUCGUUGGUCUGUUCCAGGCAAUCUCACAGAAGCUUCCCGCCUUUACGGAUUGGGAGACCACGAAACACCACCACUUGCUGCACUCCAACCCGGAUGUCUGCACCACGAUGACUGAGGUCCGGCAGCAUGUGACUCAGUUUGAGAGCUACCUCCGGGGCCGGUCCGGCAGCACCAAGUUCAACCGCAACGACUUCGACUGCUUAUCCAACAAAUUUCUUUCCAGACUUGUGAUUCGUGCGAAUUAGAUGACGUGUUACGGCUCUGAAAAUGACGGAAGACACGACACGAAACGAUGAUAUAUGCCGGCAUUGAUGAUUAUGAAACUCACAGCACAGCAAUUAGCGAUCGCAUCGCUCUGUUCGUUCGUAUUGUUUCGCCGUUGUCAUCAUGAUGCUUUUCCCUUUUUGUUUGUUUGUGUUUCUCCCCGUGCGGGGAGAACGAGGCCCGACUCUGCCGGUUCUAGCAGCCUGAAGCAUUUGCGCUUGCUUUUAUCCACCCUUUCCUUCUCAGUGGUAUACCUUU